ACCGCUGGGACCUGGGCAUCCCCGGACUCCGAGUCCUUUGAAGCGGUCUUGUUCGAGACUACAUUUCCCAGAAGGCCGCGCGGAGAUUGAAAGCUGCACCAGCCUAUGGACGGACAAGGCUUCUGGUCGCCGAAACUGAGCAGCCAAUGGCAAUGAGACAGGGGCUGUGUCUUCCGGCUGCGAGCGGUCGAGCGCAGAGUCCCACCUGUGUCCCCACAGCCCUGUCACGAAUCCCGGUCGGGUUCGAGAAGGGACCGCCUCGGCUUUGUGGGCCGGGAGCGGCUCGGCGGUGGAGGACUCUCACUUUCUGCUCCAUCCCGGAGCCGGGCCGGAACUGAUGACUCUCAAUAAUGUGGCUGGGGACUUCAGGGAAGAAUGGGUUACCUGGACCCUGCUUAGAGAAUGUUCUUCAGGGAUACCACCCAGCACAGUUACAAGAAUGGGCUCUCCCAGGGAUUUCCAGACCAAGUGUGAUUUCCCAGCUGGAGCAGAAAGAAGAACCGUGGGCGCUACCGCUCCAAAAUUUCGAGGCAAGAAGGAUCCUACAGGAAAGUCACACAGACUUUGAGAAUCAGGUGACCAAACUCAGUCGGGACAUUUCAGAAGCAGCAGAACGGUGUGGAACAUCCUCAGAAAGGGCCAAUAAGGAUAUUUCUCCUCCUCCUAGUUGGGGAGGAAACUGGGAGAGGGACCUUGAGUCAGAAGGGGAACACGGGACCCGCCCGGGAGAGGGCCAGCCGGAGCCCUUUCCGCAAGAGAAGGAUUUAAACGAGCUCCUGGAUGGAUACGCAGGAAAGAAGCCCGUGUGUGCAGAGUGCGGGAAAAGCUUUAACCAGAGCUCCUAUCUCAUAAGACACCUACGAACCCACACUGGCGAGAGGCCUUAUAAGUGCAUCGAAUGUGGGAAAGGCUUCAAGCAGAGUUCAGACCUUGUCACCCAUCGCAGAACGCACACGGGAGAGAAACCCUACCAAUGCAGCGGCUGUGAGAAAAAAUUCAGCGACAGCUCUACGCUCAUCAAACAUCAGAGAACCCACACAGGCGAGAGACCCUACGAGUGCCCCGAGUGUGGGAAGACCUUUGGGCGGAAGCCACACCUCGUCAUGCACCAAAGAACCCACACGGGAGAGAAGCCCUACAUGUGUCUCAAAUGCCAUAAAAGCUUUAGCCGAAGCUCAAACUUCAUCACCCAUCAGAGGACCCACACGGGCGUGAAGCCUUACAGGUGCAGCGACUGUGGGGAGAGUUUUAGCCAGAGCUCAGACCUGGUGAAGCACCAGCGAACCCACACGGGAGAGCGGCCCUUCAAAUGCGCAGAGUGCGGAAAGGACUUCCGAGAUAGUUCUCACUUUGUAGCGCACAUGAGUACCCACUCGGGGGAAAGGCCUUUCAGCUGUCCUCACUGCCGCAAAAGCUUCAGUCAGAGCUCACACCUGGUCACGCACCAGAGGACACACACAGGUGAGAGGCCGUUCCGGUGUGACAACUGCGGGAAGGGAUUUGCCGACGGCUCUGCCCUCAUAAAGCACCAAAGGAUCCACACGGGGGAAAGACCCUAUAAAUGUGGCGAGUGUGGGAAGAGCUUCAACCAGAGCUCCCACUUCAUUACCCAUCAACGAAUCCACGCAGGAGACAGGCCCUAUCGCUGUCCCGAGUGCGGCAAAACCUUCAGUCAGCGUUCCCAUUUCUUCACACACCAGAGAACCCACACAGGGGAAAAACCUUUCCACUGCAGUAGGUGUGACAAGAGCUUCCGCCAAAAAGCACAUCUCUUAUGCCAUCAAAACACCCAUUUGAUCUAGGAAAUGGUCCGCUGCCCCUUCCAGAUUUUCAUUUCUCUUGUCUCCAAGUGCUCCAUGUAGAGAAAGCCUGAACCUGGGCAUCAGAGGCUCAGGUUGGGCCCCGGUCUGUCCUCCGUCUUCUUCCCUGCUUUAAUGGCGGAGAUAAACUCAUAGGCACCAAAUAAUAUCCUGAACACAAAAGGCAUUCCUUCAGUGUUUUUGACGGACCUUAGGGGUGAGUUUGACGGUUGAUGUUUGGUAAGUAAAAGAGAAGUGAGAUAAAUGUGGCCACAUUAUCACUGUUAGUGAAUAAUAUUUGAGAUCUUAUCAUAAGCCCUUAAUACCGUAUAAUGGCUGGCCCUUAAAAGGCGCUCGGUACGAAGUUGGUUGCGUUUAACUAGCCUUAUAACUUGAUAAGGAAUCCGUUAGUGCAGCCCCGCAAGCCCAGAACUUGCCAGAAAUGAGAUUGCCACUAGAAGAUUUGGGGUGUGAACACAGAAAACAGAAAACACUCUCCCAAUCCAGGGCUGUGCAGGCAUUAGUCACCAGAUGUCUCAUUGCCAUGACGAGGCAGAAUUCUCGAAGAGGAUGUUUGUGGUCCUGUGAUUUAGAGGCUGAAAGAAUUUCAGAAGCUCUUUGUACAGCCGUGUAUGAGGUACUCCCACUGGAGGUUUGCUGUCAUCUGAGGCACAAAUAUCCCGCGAUGAACAAGCCCAAGGGACCCGGAAGGAGACUAUAAAACUAUGGAAGCAACAUUGCUGUUAAAUAUUACAGGGAUCCUUCCUGGCAUUUAGCUGAAGGAAACAACUCCUGUCUUUGAAUCGCCUGGGUCAUUGGCCCGUGAGUUUUAAGUUACUGUGACUCCCUAAUUUUUUUUUAAGAGUCAUUCAUUUGAUGCACCAGUACAUUUCUGUAUUUAACUGAAAUAAAUUGAGGGAAGGCAGUGUGUUGGAAAGAACACUGACUUCCUUGAGAAGGUGA